GUAUUGGGAGGAGCCAACCGUAAGCACGCAUCUGUGACGCACCCCGCCGCGGUUGUAAAUGGUCAGAAACCCGUAUGUUCUCGUAGCUUUGUGUCCGGUAGCAACAUGUCGGUGAGGAGAGAGCCCAGUGGAGGAACUGCAGUGAGCGAGAACGGCACGCCGGAGACACAAGCAGCACGCUAAGCAGCCAGGUCGAAGGGUGACAGUUCAGAGAAUCAGCCGCGGCUACUUUAUCUUCACAGCGGUGGGGCCUGUUGGAGGCUAAUGGACGGUUAAGGACGGACAGCCGGUGAUCAGAGGACUCGCAAGCAGGUGGUCGGGCUGGUUAGAGAGAGAAAGAAGGGAACAGCGUGUUCGGCCUCUAAUCAGGACAGAGAUUCUCCUCGCUGGGGGAUGUUAUCUGUACUGUCUUAUGGCAGACUGGUAGCCAGGGCUGUCCUGGGCGGACUCUCUCAGACAGACGGUCGGGACUACAGCCUGAUCACCGCCAGUUAUGGUUUUGGUAAAGACUUUCGUAAAGGGAUCCUGAAGAAAGGGAUGUGCUACGGUGAUGACGCCUGCUUCAUAGCUCGACACAGGACCGCCGAUGUUUUGGGUGUCGCAGAUGGUGUAGGCGGUUGGCGUGAUUACGGUGUUGACCCGUCUCAAUUCUCUGCCACCUUGAUGAGAACGUGUGAGCGAUUGGUGAAGGAGGGACGCUUCACUCCCUCUAAUCCAGUGGGGAUCCUCACCUCUGGCUAUUAUGAGCUGCUACAGAACAAGGUUCCAUUGCUAGGAAGCAGUACAGCCUGCAUUGUUGUUCUGGAUCGACGAAGUCACCAGCUUCACACGUGUAACCUUGGAGACUCGGGCUUCCUCGUGGUUCGUGGAGGAGAGGUGGUCCAUCGUUCAGAUGAGCAGCAGCACUAUUUUAACACGCCUUUCCAGCUGUCCAUCGCUCCCCCGGGAGCAGAGGGAGUUGUGCUCAGUGACAGUCCUGAAGCAGCCGACAGCUCGUCUUUCGACGUGCAGCUUGGUGACAUAAUCUUGACAGCCACAGACGGCCUCUUUGACAACAUGCCAGACUACAUGAUUCUUCAGGAGUUAAAAAAACUCAAGACUUCAAACUACGACAGCGUACUGCAGACUGCACAGAGUAUCGCUAAGCAAGCUCACAACCUUGCUUACGAUCCAAAUUAUAUGUCUCCUUUUGCACAGUUUGCCUGUGACAAUGGCCUGAAUGUAAGAGGAGGAAAACCAGAUGAUAUAACGGUGCUGUUGUCUAUAGUGGCUGAGUAUACAGACUGAACAUCUGCUACUCUGGGAUUGAUUCUUCUUUGCCGCCUGCCUGAGUCUUCCACCUGCAGCCCUCCCAACACGCCCUGCAGGCUGACAGGGGGGGAAGCCCACCUACACGACUCACACUCCUUACAGCGUGGCCGAACUCCACGUUUGCUUCUUUUUCUUUUCUUCCGCCGUUUUAAUUUGGUGCUUGAGUGGCGUACGGGCAGCAGGCAGCUGAGGUAUAUUCAUGUUGAUCAUGAUGCAGCAAGAGCUGAGAUCACUCCCCGUGUCUCGCACACGGGUUUGUCAUCCCCAACAGUUUGUCAUCGGACAAAUUGCUGGGGAUUGAAGCAGAACAGACAGGAGGUUGUUUUUCUUAACAGCAGCCCUUAUGGUUAAAAAAGUGUGACAUUAUUAAGGAGUAAGCCAUGUAUUCGGAUAUAUUUUGAGAGUAGCGAUGGAGAAGGUUAUUGAACCUCCCUGUCAAUCUUUUAUUGCAUUGUUAUUUGCUCCCAUGUUCUGUUAAAGUAAGCACAUAUAUUAGCUUGAGGAUGCUUAUGUGGGAAAUAAGUGUUGUUGAAGAAUACGAUUUGGGCGUUGCUUUUUGAUGCCUCUGGUUUGGGAAUGUUUGAGAAACCCGUCGAGCGAAAGUGUAACGCUUGUUAAAAGGUUUGUCCGGUAUCGUCACUUAGCCGAGGGAGCUGCUGAUGCGCACAUCCUUGUGGGUUGUAAAUAUUUUGUUUUUUUUUCUAGGAUUAUAUUUUUGUUGUCAUUUGAAUGAGAAACUUUGUGGUAACUCGUGUGGGAUAUAAAGUCAUUCAUGAACACGUUUCUUUGCCUGGAUGAUAAUCUUGUAUUUAACUUAAUUACUUCCACAUUUGCUGAAAUGAACAAAAUAUUUGCAAGGAUUAUCAAUACGGCAAGCAGUUUGUGUAUUUCAUCUAAUAUGCUUGAGAGCAAUCUUAAUUUGCUCCCACGGGGUUCAUUUACAGCAGUAGUUCAGGAAAACGCAACACUAUUAACUCUUUUUGCCAACUGGUGGCAAAAUCUGUCAUACUGUUAAGACUUUAAAAAACAUCCAAAUGCUGAACUAGUAACAAAAUAAAUAAAUAGUAGUCCUAUUGCUGCACAUCAAGGAUAUUUUGAUAUAUACAUAAACGACUUGCUGACUAUUUUCAUCCGCUGAGUGGUUGGAGUGAUGUUAAAAUAUGAGUGUGGUAUGUGUGAGAAGUCUUGAAUGUUGAUAUUUAUCUCAUAGCAGCUGGGAAUGCUUGUAGUUGCAAUGAUGGGUCAGGAAUAAA